AUGGGCUGCUUCUCCGGCCGCGUCGAGGCCCCGACCGAGGAGCUGCCCGCCGACACCGCCCCGCCGACGCAGCCGGCAGACGCCCUCCCCCCCGCCCCCGAUCUCGGCGUGAGCGAGACGAAACUGGAGCCGCCCGGCCCUCCCGCCGUCGAACUCGACGUCCCGACGCCCGCCGACACCGCCGCGCCGACGCAGCCGGCCGCCGCCUUCCCCUCCGCCACCGAUCUCGGCGUGAGCGAGGGGAAGCUGGAGCUGUGGCGCAAGCGCGGCGGCGGCGAACUCGAGCCGGUCCUCGCGAGCAGCGCCGUCGCCGUCCUCGACGCGCAGUGGGUCAUCAGCCACGCCGAGGCGGGCGGCGUCCUCACCCACCGUCAGGCGCUGCCCAAAGAGGCCUUCCUCUCUUUCGCCGACCUCGUCGAGGCGACCGGCGAGUAUGGCUACCUUCCCGUCGCCGCGCUCUCCUACCCGUGGCUGACCAAGGACCACCCCGACCCGCGCGGAGCCAACCUCGCCCGCGUCGCGAGGGCGCUCAAGGCCCUGCUCAGCGACCAUCCCGUGUUCGGCAAACCCGUCAACCCGCGGCUCGGCGUCUUUUGGGACUUCGGCUCGCUGCACCAGCACCCCGACCCCCCCAACGGCGUCCUGCGCACCGAGGAGCAGAACGCGCUCUUCAAGCAGGGGCUGAGCUGCCUCGGCACGCUCUACUCCCACCCGAAGACAUACGUGCUGCGGCUGACCUCCUUCCCGGACGGCCACAAGGCGGAGGACCAGGCCGAGGGCACCAACGUGGCAAGUACUUUGACCGCGGCUGACCUCGGCAAGAUGCGCGCCGGCGUGGAGUACGGCUACGGCAGCCUCAUCGACGACUGCGUCCAGGACGGCGGCCGGCGCCCUCCGCUGCUGCCGUCUGCGUUCGCGGCGGAGCUGGAGAAGAAGAGCUUCACCAACGGCAAGGACGACAAGCCGCUGGUGAAGCAGCUGUACGAGGCCGCCUUCAAGGAGCAGUUUGGCAAGGCGACCGUGCUGAACUACCGCGGCCUCGGCUGGGGCGACGCGGAGGCGGCGCAGCUGGCGGAGGUCCUCGCGAGCGGGGCAGCGCCGCGGCUCGAGAGGCUCGAGCUCCAGCGCAACAAGAUUGGCGACGAGGGCUGCAAGGCGCUGGCCGCCGCCCUCGGCAAGGAGGGGGCAGCGCCGCGGCUCGAGACGCUCUCUCUCGGCGAAAACAAGAUUGGCGACGAGGGCUGCAAGGCGCUGGCCGCCGCCCUCGGCAAGGAGGGGGCAGCGCCGCGGCUCAAGGAGCUCUAUCUCUUCUGCAACGAGAUUGGCGACGAGGGCUGCAAGGCGCUGGCCGCCGCCCUCAAGGAGGGGGCCGCCCCGAGCUUGAAGGCGCGAGACGCCCCCCUCGCCACACGCCCCUCCCCCGCCCAAUGCUCAUCGCACCUCCCCUCGCGUGCAGUAUCUCUUCGUGGACAACAGGGAGCAGCCUGA